UUUCGUAGGGUCAAUGAGUUGAGCAACAAGCACGAUCCUACGGUUAAGUCCCUGUAUGUGUAUAUUUUCCAUUGACAAUAUUCUGUGGUGAAUCAGUCAGUAGCAAAAUAAGAAAAUGAAUGCUGAUGUUAAUCGAAAAGUUAUGGCCAUACAAGCAAAGAAAAAACGAUCGAAGGGUCCAAAAUCAAAGUUGAAAGCGCGUUCGGAUAUGAUGGAAAAUAAGAAAAGAUCUGAGCAGCGUCUUAGCGAUAUGUUUUAUGAAGAUGAUGACGAAGAGGAGGAAAUUCUGGGCUCAGAUGACGAUGAACAGGAAGAUCCAAGGGAUUACUGCAAAGGUGGUUAUCAUCCAGUGAAAAUUGGAGAUUUGUUCCACAGCCGCUAUCAUGUCAUUCGUAAACUCGGUUGGGGUCAUUUUUCUACUGUUUGGUUGUGUUGGGAUUUGAUGGGGAAAAGAUUUGUAGCUUUAAAAGUAGUGAAAAGUGCUUCGCAUUACACAGAAACAGCUUUGGAUGAAAUAAAAUUGCUUCGCUGUGUGCGAGAAAGCGAUCCGAGUGAUUGUUUUAGAGAAAAAGUUGUACAGUUACUUGAUGAUUUCAAAAUAUCUGGUGUUAAUGGGACACAUGUUUGCAUGGUCUUUGAAGUAUUAGGUCAUAAUUUAUUAAAAUUAAUCAUAAGAUCAAAUUACCAAGGUAUUCCACUUGCAAAUGUCAAGCUCAUCAUACAACAGGUUAUAGAGGGUUUAGAUUACUUACACCGUAGAUGUAAAAUAAUACAUACUGAUAUCAAGCCAGAGAAUAUACUGAUUGCAGUGGACGAAACUUACGUGCGAAAAUUAGCAUAUGAAGCAACUCAAUGGCAAAAAAUGGGAAUUCGCCUUCCUGGUUCUCUUGUUAGCACAGCUCCUAAAGAAUUUAGAGGGCCGAACCCGAAUACCAAAAUGUCUAAAAACAAGAAAAAGAAAAUGCGAAAAAAGGCAAAGCGCCAACAAGAACUGCUAGAAAUGCAGAUGCAGCAAUUAGAAGAGUUAGAAAUGGAAGAAAAUUUAAAUCAGGAACGAGUGGGCGAUGGUGAUAAUGGAGACAGAGAGCCGUUAGAUAAUGACAGUCGAUGUAAUGGUAGCUCUGAUGAAAAUUGUGAUUGCAGGCAUUCCCCUGGUACAUCAGUCUCACCAUCAGCUGGCUAUUGUAGUCCUACUCCCAGUGAAAACAUCCCCAGAAUCGGCAGCGUGGAACGACCUCGUCUCUCUGUUUCUGCAGAAGGCCUAUGCAACGGCCACGAAGAUAACGCAGACGAAUCGUAUUUAAUGUCAAGGGGGAGAUUGGAGAGGUCUGAAAGUACACUUACACCAUCAUGUCACCAGAAAUCCAAAGAACCUGAGAUUAGGCGGGUGGCUUCCUGUCCAGAAAAUGACAAACCAAUGGACCACAAGCCAGACCCUGUUCAUGAAGUCUGUGAUUUACAAGUGAAAAUAGCUGAUUUGGGAAAUGCUUGUUGGGUGCACCAUCAUUUUACUGAAGAUAUACAAACAAGGCAAUAUCGAUGCUUGGAAGUUUUAUUAGGUGCCGGUUAUGGUCCUCCUGCUGACAUAUGGAGCACAGCUUGUAUGGCAUUUGAAUUAGCAACUGGGGACUAUCUGUUUGAACCUCAUUCUGGAGAAGAUUACUCAAGAGAUGAAGAUCAUUUAGCUCACAUUAUAGAACUUCUGGGUGAUAUACCAAAACAUAUUGCAUUUUCUGGAAAAUAUUCCAGAGAAUUUUUCAACAAAAAAGGUGAACUAAGGCAUAUAACUAAACUAAAGCCUUGGGGUUUGUAUGACGUUCUGACAGAAAAAUAUGAGUGGGACCCAUCGGAAGCUCAAGCAUUCACAGACUUUUUAAUUCCUAUGCUAGCUUUUGAUCCAAGUGAGCGUGCAAAAGCUUCUGACUGCUUAAAACAUCCGUGGCUAGCUUCGUGACUUCCAAAUAAAUAUUUAGCUCAGUUUACCUUUGAAUCUACGAACUAAUGAAUUGUCAUGCAUUUUCUCAGCAUUCAAUAAAGUAAAUCAUUUGUACAUUUUUAUUUGUCAUAGAUUUUCAUUUUGAAUCCUAAUAAAAUUUAGAUCUGGAAAAAUGUAAUUACAUGUUGCAUCAGAAUUCAUACAACAUUAAUAUAAAAAUUUCACUUUUAUUUGUUAAGUGGUUUGUUUUAUAGUUUAUAGUACCCGGAAGAAAAAAAAUCGGUUUUCAUAUUUUCUCUGUGUUUGAUUGAAUGUACAUUUUUGUCUCUGCUACAUCUGUGUCUGAAAUGUUAUUUGUGUUGUAAAUGUGUACUUAAUUUAUUUUACUGUUUACCUCUUUGUGUUUUCAUAUGAUUUAGAAUAUGCAAAGGGCAAAAUACUUUUUCAUAGCCAUCAUACACAUUAAAUCAUAUUACUAUGUUUAGCAUUUAAACUAGGCUGAAAAAAGAAAUAUUGUGUACUAAAAGCUUUAUUAUUUAACACAUUAAAUAAUUAAAUGUUAGAAUACCUUUAAAAAUAGCUCAAUUUGCCUUAGUUUAGAGUUUUGUUCAACAUCAAGACUAAAUUUAAGAUAACUGAAAACUAUUGUUUUCAUUUGUUUAGAUGAAGUUGCACAUGACAAAAAACCUGUGUUACUCACUCAAUAAAUCUUUGUUGUUCAAAGUCAAUUUUCCAGAUAAACAGCACCGCAUUUUAAAGAAUUUAAAAUGGUGCUUAAUGCUCAUAUCUUGACAAAAAAAAUAAAUCAAUAAAAUUAAAGAAAAAAAUGUCUUAUUAUGUGCAAUCAUUUGCACUUUUGUAGCAUAUGCCGUCUUAAAUGUACAUUGCCAUUCCAAAUGGGAUUCUGUGGAGAAAAAAAAAACUGAAAGCUGAUUUACAAAAUUUAGAAGCCGAUUAUCUUACUUCAUUUAUUCAAGUUAUUAAAUCUUGAUUCCUGAAUCAAAGUAAUUUUGACUUUGAAAUGUUGUUUGAUAUAGCUCAGUGUGCCUAAAAUUGUAUUUUAACAAAUAAAGAAAUGUGUAGAAGA